UCUACGUGGGCACGCGGCGGCGCGGGGGCGCGGGGGCAGGGCGGGGCGCGUUCCCUUGUUUAAGGGGCGGCGGGCCGCGCCCGGGAUGGCACCUCCUACGCUUUCUUCCCGGCUGCUUCUCCUGGCAGCUCUUGCGGGGCUCCUGGGUCCCAGUGAGGUGGUGGCUGAGCCGACGGAGGAGGCGGCAGCCCGUUGUCCCGAGGGCCUGUGGCCUCUGCCCCCACAGGUGUCACCAAGAGUGACCUACACACGGAUGAGCCCCCAGCAGCUGGCCUAUCCUGACCUGAAGCUGAAGCACCCAUCCCCAUCCAUCUUCAAAGCCCAGUGCAGGAGUCAGCUCUCUCUUGAAACUUGCUUGAUCACAUCAGCCCUUAUCACCUUCUCCAAAUUCAUAGGAGCCCAGGAGUUCUCUUUGGCAUCUUCAACAGCAAUUUGGCACAGUGCUGAGCAUCAGGCUGAGGCUAUCAGCUUCCUCUACCACCCCUGUGCUCACCCCUGGCUGAAGCUCCAGCUUGCCCUCCUGGCCCACGUUUGUAUGGCCAAGCCCUCACUGGCCCCUGACUCCAGCCUUACUCAGGAUCGACCCCUGGUGUUGGCAGCAUGGGGGGUGCUCCUGGAGAUGGCAUGGGUGGAGCCAGCCUGGGCUGCCCGCUGGCUGAAGAGGCGGAGGCGGAGGAAGCUGAGGAAGAAGGCAUGGUUCCGUUCCAGCAGCCUUUCCAGGUCCUCUCCCUUGGUGCCAGCGCCGGGCAGAGGGAGGCUGUGCCGGAGAGGGUGUGUGCAGGCCCCAGCUUUGGCCUUCACUCUGCACAGCUGGCGGCCUCCAGGCACAGAUGCGGCAUCUAGAGGGCCCUGGCAGCGCUCUCCUGGUGGUGCCAAGAAGCGUGAGCUGCGGGCUGCCCUCAGUCUGCAGUCCACCCCCUCAGCCCUGAGGGGCCCUGCUGCUUCCCACUGGAGCUCAGAGGCCAAGCAGCCCAUGAUGGGAGCCCCCAGUGAGAGGGGUAAUGCCCCAUCUGUGCCCAAUGUCUCCCUGCUGCCUUGGGAGCUUGGGAGCAAUGCCAGCUCCAGGAUAGAGGCUCAGGUGCCCAAAGAGCAAAGCAGCCGAGGGGGCUGUGCCUGUCCAAGUCAGGCUUCCCCAGCCCCGCGGGCAGCGGCACCUCCGCGGGCAGCCCGGGGCCCCACCCCGCGCACGGAGGAGGCCGCCUGGGCGGCCAUGGCCCUGACCUUCCUGUUGGUGCUGCUCACCCUGGCAACGCUCUGCACGCGACUGCACCGAAACUUCCGACGCGGGGAGAGCAUCUACUGGGAACCCACCGCGGACGGCCAGGACACGGUGGCUGCUGUGCUGAAGCGGAGGCUGCUGAUGCCCCCGCGCCGGGUCAAGCGCUCCCGCCGGAGACCCCUCCUCCCACCCACGCCCGACAGCGGCCCGGAGGUGGAAAGCUCCGACUGACAGCUUCAGCCCUGCCUCUGUGGCAGGCGUGGUUCCUCCUCCCGCCGGGAGGCUGCCACCUGUGCCACGUGGACCGCGCUCGGGGCCGCCCCCUGGCGGCCAGAUGGAGCAGUCCUGCCUCAGCAUUGCCUAGGGGCUUGUGCUGAACGUGGGGUUUGCAGAAGCGGUGGCCCAGGGGUAAAAAGGGCUGUUUUAGCCUUCCUUGCCUUUGUUUCUAAUUAAAUUAUUUUACUAGAGUGUG